AGGAACUACUGGAGGAAAAAAAGUUAAAGUAAAAAUGGCUUCCUUGUCUUUGGAGUCUACAGAACAAUCUGAGAACAGCCCAGAGGAGCCAACGGCACCGGAGUCCAAAGAAGAGGAAGAUCCGGUGCAAAUUUCGGAACAAUUACUCCAAAGUUUCCAAAAGUCGGCGCUGAGUUUCUCCACUGACCAAGUCUCAUGUCUGUGCGAGGCCCUUCUGCAGGCGGGCAAUGUGGAUCGCCUGUGGAGAUUUCUAUCCACCAUACCUCCUUCGUCCGAGCUGCUACGUGGCAACGAGACCCUGCUGAAGGCCCAGGCUCUGGUGGCUUUCCACCGGGACCAAUUCAAGGAGCUGUACGCCAUCCUGGAGAGCCACGACUUCCACCCGUCUAACCAUGGGUUCCUGCAGGACCUGUACCUCAAAGCCCGCUACAAGGAGGCGGAGAGGUCCCGGGGCCGAAGCCUGGGCGCAGUGGACAAGUACCGGCUCAGGAAGAAGUUCCCCCUGCCCAAAACCAUCUGGGACGGAGAGGAGACCGUGUACUGCUUCAAGGAGAAGUCCCGGAAUGCCCUGAAAGAGUGCUACAAGAGCAACAGGUACCCCACUCCGGACGAGAAGAAGAACCUGGCCAAAGUCACCGGGCUGUCCCUCACACAGGUCAGCAACUGGUUCAAGAACCGCAGGCAGAGGGACAGGACCCCGUCCGGGACCCACAGCAAAAGUGAGUCUGACGGGAACCACAGCUCUGACGACGAGGCGAGCCCGAUGGACGACACCCCCGACAAACCGGAGGAGGCUGCCAGCUCCACCGCCUCCAUCAUCUCUCUGUCUGCCGUCCCCGGCAGCACCGGAGGCCAGCUCAUCCUCAACGGCUCCGCUGGUUUCCUCACAGCCCCUCAGUCGCUGCUGCUUAAUGGAAAUUCCCUGAUCUCCAGUGCUGGUGCUGGUGUCAUAAUUAACGGGCUAAGCUUGGGCGAUUGCCAGACAGUCACGCUGAGUCCUGUAGCAACCAACUCUCCUUUGAUACUGAACGGGACUCAGGUCAUAACCAAGCCUGGUAUCAGCGUGCAGCAGCAGCAGCAGCAGCAGCAGCAGGCGGUUUCUCUGACGGAGCAGGAGGUUUCGGCCAUGGAGGCCAAGCCAAACAGUCUUUCAGCAGUAGUUCUUAGCACAAACGCCACACCAGUCUCAAACCCUCAAUCCAUCAUCUCUCUUCCUCUGCAAACCAAAACAGAAGGUUUCAUCAGUGAAUCAGUUUCUUCCUCUUCUUCAUCUUUAUCCCCCUCCUCACCGACUCUGUCCUCCCCGACCAGGCUCUCCUCUCUCGUCUUAACACAAAACACCCAACGCCAGGAGCCUCUCAGCCUCCCGGCCUCCUUGUCGUCUGCAGGCAUGGUGAUCUCCUCCUCUGCCGUGCCCCUCUCCAAUCAGCCAGGGGAGUAUGUGGUCUUUGCCUCUGCUGGUUCCCACUUAAACCCUUCUAGCGCUGUGGUUUCCUCCAGUAACUCCACCCCUCAGGUCUUCUCUCUGCCCCAAGUCGUACCUUCCAUCCAGGGUAUCCCAGUGUCCCAGCUGGUGCAGCACUCUUCAGGAGCCCAGCUGUCCCAGUGCCCCCAGCUGGUCCCAGUAUCCCCCCUCACCUCUACGGCCCCCCAGUUCCAAACCCAGACAGUGAACCGACUGGUGCAGCAGCAGCAGGAUGCAUCAACAACUUUGUCUGAAGGUGCUACAACCAUAGUUUCUAUCUCACAGCUGAACAACAGUCAGCUCCAACAGAGAACGGUACACCAGCUGGGGGACACAAACUCCUCAACCAGUAAAAUCCAAGUCCCACAGGUUAUCUCCAUCUCCUCCCCGACACAAGUGGUCCCAGUCCCCCAGGUCAAAGGCACCACGCCUGCACAGUUAGUGCCCCUCUCCAUGCCCCAGCUGGUCCCCGUCUCCCCCAUCCAGACCUCUUCCACCAUCUCGUUCCCCCAAGUGGUACCCGCCAGUCCUUCUCUCUCCAUCCCCUCUGCUGGAGUGCCCUUACAGAUCCUGGCCUCUGCUCCUGCAGGGGUCUCACAGGGUCCUGUCAGGAUAAAUCAGCUGAGGCCCAUUCAGAGUGUCGGCCCCCCAACCAGUGUGGCCCCUGGUGUGCAGCUCCUCAACUCUGGGAUCAUUCAGCUGCCCUCUGCUCCUCAAGGUAACCUCCUGCUGGGUGGAAGCCCCUACCUGAGCGUCCAGCAGGGAAAGCUGAUUCUGACCAUCCCAGCAGGCAUUCAGCUCACCAGUUUGCCCUUGAAGCCCGUUCCUGAGGCGUCCCCCAUCUCUUCUAAUGGAUUGAGCCCCGUUCUGGCCCCCUCCACCCCUCCGAUAGUCUCCACCACCUCCGGGGGUCCGCCCCCCAGCGUCCUCGCAUCGUCUCCUCUCAACUUCAUCAACACGUCUCCACCGUACUGCGCUCCGGAGACGGGAACGCCUGCCGUCCCCUCCCCUCAUCCCCUGGACCAUUCAGUCGGCCCUACGAUGCCAAACACUCUGACUCCAGAAAGCAUGCUGACCCUCAGCCCCAUGUACAGCGGGGUGACCCCCACCACCCAGCUGCCCCAGCCCACCUGGAGCCCCGUGCCCCUCUCCACGUCAGCUAGUCUAACUUUGUUUGAUGUCCGCAGCAAGGGGGACCUACCUGUAGACCCGGCUUUGUUGGGCCUGCCUGGAGGAGAGUCGCUGCUUCUAGGAAGCCCCUCGCCGGAGCAGGAUGUGGAAGCAAACUCGGCACUUGGUAACCCAGAGGAGAUGGUUGGAGACUCCAAGAUCCUCACCCAGCUGCAGUCUGUCCCUGUGGAUGAUGAUCUGGGCUUGUAGUCUGUUUACCUUGCUGGUUGACCACCCAGUGUCUCUAAAAACAAGAAAAACAAUGAAACAUACAGUAGGGUUGCAGACUCGGCAGUCUGAAAAAAACUUAUUUCACAUCAUCAAUCCUCUCAGAGCCAAAUGUUUAUAACAAUAUUCAGGUUCUGACUUGUAUAAAACGCUGCUCUCACUAGGACCUGAUACCAUCAUGGUUUGAUCCCAAGCAGCUCAGUUUCACAUGGAUUGCCAGAGUUAUAUGGGAUGAUUUAAAGCGUCUCAGAGGUUGUUUUUUUUUUUUUUUUUACUAAAGUCCGUACGUGCCUUAUCUGUUUAAUCAGCUGCAGACAGAAUAACUAACUCCACUCAGUCUGCCUGGCCCACUUACAGGUCCUGGUGUUUAAAAAAACCGAUAUUAUGCAAAGUCUCAUGUCUUUGCAUAUACUCUCAGCUCUUAUUUGCAGUUGUGGAAAAGAUGUCUGGGGUUUUUGCUGGCAGUAGACGUCGUUCCUUUGGGGAUCCACCGCAGUAACUAAACACCACAAUAUCUGGCAACGGCAUAAAUCUAGAAAUAGUAUUGAGUGCCUGUCCAGAUCUCAGAUUCAACACUUUUUUUUACCAACACUCCAGGAAUAUAGUGAAGAUUUAUAUUUUUCACAAACAGAACUUAGUUGAGUUUUAUGUGAAAAGACAUUACAUCAUAGUAUCAAGGGACAUAUAGCAGUAUUUUAUUUACUACAAGUUACUGAAGUCAGGGCUGCAACACAUGAGAACACUGCCCUCCACUAGUAAAACUAUAACACAGGAAAAAAGGAUCUAUACUCUAUGCAAUGCAUGUUUAGUUCUUUAUAAGACACUAUGCGGCACAGUGGCUGAGUUGUAAAGCCAGUACACUUGGGAGAUGAGAAUAAUUUUUAAAUACUGAGCUUUUAAAUGAAGCAUGACACUAAAAUGUUUGCUGUGAUCCCACUUGUAGUGAUAUUUGUUGUCAAAUGCAUCCAAAAUCUGUUUGAUAUUGAUAAGUGCCUUAUUUUAAAACAUACAGUACAUGUUUGAUGUAUUUGAAAGGAAAAUGUUCUGACUUUUCACACGUUUUACAAGUGCUAUACACCCGACCAAAUUUUGGGAUUCACUUUAUGGACUUUUUUUCUUUUUUUGAAUACCCACGUUUCUGUGUCUGUUUGAUCUCCAGUGAAAUGUAAUUAUGUGACAGUUUUGUUGCAUUGUCACAGCGUGUAUCCUCAAUUUGUAUAUUUUGCACCUUUCAUACACAAUGUUUACGCUGCGCUGCCGUGUGGUUAUGACAGGGGUUGGACUCAUAUUAAACGCCCUUUUUUAAUUGGAUUUUAAGGGGACAGUUCACUCCAAGAACUGUCCUUUUAAUAAUCUUAACUUGUUAAAACAGGAGCCUGAUUUCCUGAUGAAAUCUGACAUAAAUUGAUGGAACAGCUCCUUCAAUCAAAAGCUAAAAAUGCUCCUCAUCAUGUGAGCUUCCCACUGUCAUAACACAGGUAGCGGUCAAACCUUUGGCCAUUUAUGGUACAAAAAUACACUUCAGUGUCAGAUCUAGUUACAAUAAUGGCCUUUUGUGUUUUUUUUUGUAUAAGUAUGUUUGUUGUUUGUCUUUUUUUGUACAUUUAAUCUAUUUAAAGCAUGUAUCAAUCAGUAAGAAAAUGAGUUCCGAGAGGAAAUGUUAUUCAUUUUCACUUGGAAGGUCACAUUGUUGUGCAAACUUUGGUUAAACAAUCUUAGACUACAGCUUUUAAAUACAGUUUGAUGGUCAUUUUAUUUUUUAAUACAGUAGGUCACCCCCUGUUAAUAAAUGCUAAGGCCAUUUGUUCCCAGUGGCCUUUUGGUAGAAUAUUAAAUGGCUUGGACAAAUCAAUUUCAGUCUGAAAUGUGUACUUAAAAUUAGUAGUUAGGGGUAAAGGGAAAUGUGUCCUAUAUGUAAGAUAUGGUAGCCUGCAUUUGUUUAUAUGAGCCAUUUCUUACCAAAGUAUGUUGACAUUAAAGCCUCUAUGGGCUUAUGCACAUUUGUAUUCCUGUUUGUUUGUUUGUUUGUUUGUUUGUAGUCUGGGUUUUUUACUCUCUCCUACCUGCAACAUAUGACUCCAGAUUUAACCAAAGAUAAUGUAUUUUGAUCGACUUUUUGAUAGUUUUGAAAGGGAUUGUUCAUGUCUGUCAUUCGUCGUUGUUUUCUCAUUUUUGUAUUCAAAUGCAUUCUAUUUUUUAUAUUACAUUAUAUUGUAAUAAACUACAUUUACA